AUGUCCGACGAAGAAGUCAAUAAGAUGUACAUCUCGUACAACAACAUCCAUCAAUUAUGUCAAGAACAAGCUGACAAGAUAAAACAAUUCAAACCAGACUUAAUCAUCGCCAUUGGUGGUGGUGGGUUCAUCCCAGCCAGAAUGUUGCGUUCUUUCUUGAAGGAACCAGGACAGCCAAACGUCAGAAUCAUGGCCAUCAUCUUGUCCUUGUAUGAAGAAGUCUCCGCCGAAGACGGUGGUGUUGACGUCAUUGGCCAUCAAGUCGUUAGAACCCAAUGGAUUGACUACAAUCAAUCUAAGGUCGAUUUAGUCGGCAAGAACGUGUUGAUUAUAGAUGAAGUCGACGAUACCAGAACUACUUUACACUAUGCCGUCUCGGAAUUGAAGAAGGAUGUUGCUGAACAAGCCAAGGCUAAAGGUGCUGAUCCAAAUGCUACCAAGUUUGGUAUCUUUGUAUUACAUGACAAGCAAAAACCAAAAAAGGCAGAUUUACCGGAUGAAAUCAUGAAGACUGGUAACUAUUUCGCCGCUAGAACUGUUCCCGAUGCUUGGAUUGCUUAUCCGUGGGAAUCCACCGAUAUUGUUUAUCACCAAAAGAGAGCUGAAGAACAAGGUAAUGAUGUGUUUUUGCCAUCUACUACCGAGUAA